AUGGCUGCCCUAGGAUUGCAGUCAGUCCCGGUAGACGUGCUGGUCUCGCUACCAGAUUACCUGCACAACAUCGAAGACUACACGAAUCUCUCCUCGACAUGCCGGACGCUGCGUGAAUGCAUGGCGGCUGCAACACCAAACCAUAUAUUGCGGUUGGCAGCGGCACAGUCUAAAAUCUUCUGCCGCCCGUCGCCGGACUUCCUCAUAGCCGCCACGGCGCGGGAGCUGGGAAACUGGGCGCGGGAGUCGGAUACCAACGAGCAAGAGCUCGCCCUCCGCAUGGAAGAGGGCGUCGACGCGCUCCUCGACCUCGCCCUGGAGCACUGCGGCCUCACCAUGCAGUGCAUCCGCGAGCUGCACCUCCUGCGCUUCUCCUGCGUCGGAAAGCAGUGGUACGCGCUGCCCGACUUCUGGAAUGGCGGCGCCGACGACGCCUACACCAUCGCGUCCGACCCGCCAACUACAUUCUUCCACCUCGCGACGUACGGCGAGCUGUUCGGUCCAGACUUCGAGGCCAUCCUGGACCAGACCGACGCGCGCAGGCUGGGCGUCGAUACGAGGUUGGAAUACAUCAAAUAUUGCGUGCCCGACUUCGCGACCACCUGUCCUACCCGCGAUGAAGUGGAGCCCCGCCGUCGUAUCAAGAAUACGGGCCCCUAUGCGACGCCGAACGAGAGUGGCCCUCGCUGGAGACCGCACUGGAAGGCAUUCCGAGCUAAGGCGGGCCCGGACUUCCAGGAAGACUUCGACGACGGAUGGUGGUACGACGAGGGCGUGGACCAGAACUGGAGGCAACGGCUGUGGGAAGACAUCAUGGUAUGUCAGGGGCUGGAGGGCCUGGGAAUGAUCAGGCCCGGUAGUCUGCAGGACUCCUGGAUCCCGAAGGUCAAAGUUUGGAGGGACAAGAUUGCGAAGCUGGAGAGAGCCCGCGCUGGAAAAAGUUGGAAGGCAGGCUACUUUCGAAUACCCCUAUCUGCUUGGGGAUCUGAGGAUCUGUGCCAGCGGCUAUGUUAUGGGAACAUGAUGGUCGACUAG